AUGGUGAAAAAGACCAACAUGAUGGCGCAAAAGGGUGGUAGUACUGAGCCUUCUAAAUCGGGAGCUGCAUCUUCUAUACGGAAAACUGCGUCUGUUGACUCUGAGGCUGUGUCUUCUGAAGAGGAGGCUGUAUGUCCUGUACCUGAAGAUAUACCUUGUGAACCACCAUAUUUCGUGACCGAGAUCGUCACUCUCAGACCUGAAUCAAUUUAUCCCAUCAGAAUCCACAGCGGACUUCUUAACGCGAAGGCCCCAAAUGUGAACCUUGCCUCCCUGGAACGGUGGGCGAAUCACACGCUGGCGCGCUUCGUCGACUGGGCCUAUACAGGCACCUACAAGAUCCUUUACGGCCAUCAUGACCUCGACGAUGAUUUCAGCGCCGACAAUAUAGAUCUAAGUGCCAAAAUGGGGAUGCAUAUAGAACUCAUUCUAUUCGCUGAGGAGUUCAAGAUCGCUGAGUUGUCCCACGAAGGCGAGAAACAGCUGAAGGAACUUCUCGACACCCACUUCACGCAGUUCGGAUUUGAUGAGGUCUGUUGCUUCAUCAAUGAUGUAUGUCAUCCUGCUCUUUUGGAUCUGCGAGUAGGCGCUUCGGUUUGUCAGAUGCUUGCCUCCUACGUCGGGAGAUAUUCGGACGUGAUGUGUAAGGAUGAAGGAGAAUUUGAGAGCCUUUUGAGAGAUUAUCCUGGCUUUGCCGUGGCUGUCAUCAAACACUUGUCGAAACAUGUCGCCCAGUAG